GGUAACAUAUUGCAAUUGUUGAACAUGACUGCAGCCAUGUACAGCGUUUUACUGUUAGUUACAGUGUUAGUUGUACCUAUAGCCGGGCUUAGUGAAGAGAAGCCCGCGGAUUCCGUGUUGGAGCCCCCAGAACUCCCGGAGCAGUGGCGAGAGUUUGAUAACGAGCACGCAGAUCUCGACUAUGGUUCCACAGAUGUGAAGCCUGAUUUCAAGAAGAAAAAGUAUCCCGUAAAACCACCCGCUAUGUCUCAAGAAGUCAACAAAGAUGAGGCUGUUAUUGACAGGCAGUUGACAAGAAAUGAAGGGAUGCUCAUGGACCUGCGUGGCCGCCCAGAGCAAGCCAGUAGCCACCAGAUUGAUCCAGAAGCUGGCGUUAACAUGCAGAUGACCAAACACGAAGAACUUAUGAAAAUGGCGGCUCCACAACCCAGGGUGAACCGGAUAGGUGCACAACCCAGGGUGAACCAGAUAGCUACUACUACAACUACUACUGCAAAGAGACCGGAAAACAUUGAGCGUAUAUUCCUCCUAUUGAUUUAUCUCUCAGCUUCUACCUUCCUGACCCUUCUAGUAUUACUAAUUUUGAAGUGUUUGCUAGAAAAGAGGUGGAACAAAGAGGAAUGUCACCCUGACCCUGACCCUGAACCUGUCCCUGACCCUGAACCUGAAAGGCCACGACGGAGAUCAGUAACAUUUAGUGAAUACCUUCCAACUAGAAGGUCAGUUAUGGAGUCCGAGGGAAGAUACAAUGAGGGUAAUGGAAUUGACACUGAAUCAGAAGAUUCACUAAAUAAAUAUUAUGUACGAGACGAUGGUGAUCAUCUUAUGGAACAAGUGGAGACAGAGUCGGAGAGUUCCGAAGAAGAGGUUGAAGAGGUUGAAUCUAGUGAGGAAACUGAAUGCAAAGAAAACGUGUCACAAAAUUUUAAAGAAGAAUCUGCAACUGAACUGCAAAAUAGGCAACAGUAUAAACACAGCCAAAAAGCCAAACAACAGACACUACACGUUUCUAUGGAACAACCCAAUAUUGGACUGCCAGAUAAGCAACAGUAUAGUUGCCCACAAGAACCUAACAUUGCACUGCCAGAUAAGCAACAGUAUAGUUACACACAAGGACCUAAUAUUGGACUGCAAUAUAAGCAGCUAUAUAAUUACAAGCAAGAACCCAAUAUUACACUAUACGCUUGCAGCCAAGAAUCUGAUAGAAGUAGCCAAGAUAAGGUGUUAUACAAUAAUAGACAAAAAGCCAAUAUUAGACUGAAAAAUGCAUAUGCAUAUAAGACCUUGCAAAGGAACUACAAAGAGCCCUACAUUGCGAUCAAUGGCAAGAUAUACAGGUGCUGGGAGGAAGUUGACACCGAGCCACAAGAGAUAAAAUUGUGUCGUUAUGAAGAGAUAAAUGAAAUUGCACCCAAAUCUAAAGGCCGAAAAUCUUUAAAGAAAUUUAAAUCAUGCUUCAUGAAACCUUGUGUGCUGGACUAAAGUGUAGACAGCAGACGUGUGUGCAGGGGGAGCAUUUUGGGGAUCCAACCCCAUCCCUGCUCAAGCAAUGUUUUGUUAAUACAUUUUCCAGGGGAGCAUGUUUCGGCCCCCUCCCCCUAUUAGCUCGCCAGUCUACACGCCCCUGCUAAGAUUCCUGCAGACGCGCUUGAACCGGAUCAGCCUAGUGUCAGCAGACCAUAAUUUUACAGCAAAAGGCAAACAUUUUACAAGAAUGGCUUCCAGUCGACAUAUAAUAGGACUAUAUUGCAGGGAGUUUGAUUCCCUCUGUAAAGUGACACUACCUCUCACACAUUUUGUGUAAAGAAAUUUUAAAGAUUUCUGUUUACUACGUGUUAACAACACUACCUCUCUCACGUUUCACAUAGAAAACCUUCCAAUGUUUUUGUGUUCACAACACGUCUGUGAAACACCACCUCUCGCAUGGUUUGCGUAGAGAAAUCUUAAAUGUGUUUGUGCUCACUACCUGUUCACAACACGUCAGUGAGGCACUACCUCUCACACGCGUUAAAAAAUCUUAAUAUUUUUUCUGUUCAUAUACGUGUUCACAACACAUCGAGACACACUACCUCUCACACGUUUCGCAUAGAGAAAUCUUUUUUAAAAUUAGAGAAAUUUCGUACAGACAAAGCUUCAACGUUUUUGUGUUCACUAUAUGUUCACAAAGUAUUCGCGAGACACUACAUGUACCUCUCACACGUUUUGUAUAGAGAAAUCUUCAACCCUUUUUUUUUAAAUUAUUAUGUGUUAACACAUCCGCGAAACACUACCUCUCACACGUUUCGCGUAGAGAAAUCGUUUUUUUUUUGUGUUUUUUUUGGGUGGGGGUCACUUCUUGUUCACAACACAACUGGGAGAUACUACCUUUCACACGUUUGCAGAAGAGAAAUUUUCAAAAUUUGUUGGGUUUUUUUUUAGUUCACUUCGUGUUCACAACACGUCUGCGAGACACUACCUUUCACACAUUUCGCGUAGACAAAUCUUCAAGGUUUUUUUGUUAGUUCACUACCUGUUCACAACACGUCGAGACACUGCCUCUCACACGUUUAGCAUACUGAAAUGUUAAAUGUUUUUGUGUUCCUCGGCAAACAAAAUAAAAUGUCAAUAAAAACAUUAUAUAAA